GCAAAUGGAGAAUUUGAGGACUUUUUAGUUGUAGAAGUUUCUGAUGUGUAGUUAAACAAGUCCCACCCAGUAAAGUAACCGUGUUGAUCCGUCCACAGACCUGACAUAACACAGCAUGUUGAAAGAGUAGGUUUGUCUGUGCAGUCCUCCCUUCUCAGGUUUAUUCAGGCCCAGCGAUGUGGACCCCAGCCCAUAAUCCUCCUGCAGACACACCUGUAGAGGAGAGUAUAAAGACCCGAGACUCAACUGUGUCAGACACGAAGCUCCGAGGAGUCUCUCCACAGCAGCUCUGCAAAGAAGCUCCACAGCUACCAGACCCACUCUGAAGAUGAGUCCCUCUGUCAGCCUGCUGCUGCUGCUCCUGCUCGGCCUCUCUCAGGCUCAUCCUCUCAUGGAGGAAAGAGGAGGAGGGGAGGGCCAGGUGGAGGAAGACCACACCAUCGAUAUCACCACCAGGAUUCUGACCGCAAACAACGGCAGCAAUGAGACACCUGUAGAGGAGAGAGAGGGCCAGGUGGAGGAAGACCACACCAUCGAUAUCACCACCAGGAUUCUGACCGCAAACAACGGCAGCAAUGAGAUCCUGCUGGAAGGAGACAUCCUGCUUCCAAAAAGCAGAAAUGCCAUUAAAUGCCAGAGUUACCAGAGCUGCCUGUGGCAGAAAGACAACAACGGCCUGGUGACGAUUCCCUUCACCAUCAGCAGUGAGUACAGCAGCGGGGAAACGCAGCUGAUCAGAAAUGCCUUGCAGUCCUUCCACAGCCAGACUUGUGUCCGCUUUGUCGACCGUCAGAACCAGAAGGACUACAUCAGCAUCGAGAGCCAGAACGGAUGCUUCUCUCCUCUGGGCAGACAGGGAGGGAAGCAGGUCCUGUCUCUCAACAGGCAGGGCUGCGUCUACUUUGGCGUCGUCCAGCACGAGGCCAACCACGCUCUGGGCUUCCAGCACGAGCAGACCAGGAGCGACCGCGACUACUACGUCAGGAUCAACUGGGAGAACAUCGACCCACAGAUGGCCUACAACUUCGACAAGCAGGACACCAACAACCUCAACACUCCCUACGACUACUCCUCCGUAAUGCACUAUGAAAGAACAGCCUUCUCCAUCAAUGGCAGGGAAACCAUCACCCCCAUCCCCAACCCCAACGUCCAGAUUGGCCAGAGGCAGGGCAUGUCCUACUGGGACAUCAGGAGGAUCAACCUGCUGUACGGCUGCUGAAAACACACGUUAGC